GUGGUUUGGUGGGAAGGAGGACGCUAAUUGGUAGACAGGCGCCCUCGGUGAAGCCACACAGGAAGUUUUUUUUUUUUGGAGCCGGACGGUUGGAGCAUCCUCAGCAGCCGCAGCAGCAGCACCACCACCACCACCACCCUUCGCCGAUCCGUCCUCUAACUAUGGCGAGAGCCGAAGCGCAAUACACCGGACUGAUUCAGGGCUGGACCAUGUGGUGAUGAGCGGUGUGCCAUGCAGAGGAGACACAGCAGCAACACGGAUGGCAUGCCCUCUGAAAGGAGCCGAAGCCAAACUCUGGGAUCGGAGAGCAGCCUGGAUGAGGGUGGUGUGUUCGACUGCCUGAAGCCUGACUCACCUGCUUUACCCCAGCAACUUUUCUCCGGCCUGGUGGGUGUCCCCUCCGGUUCCGUCUCCUCCGCCCAGCUCCAGGCAGCCGGCUUAGUCCUGGGCUCUCCCCCCGAAGUUUUUAUCCAGAUGACUGCAUCAUCCAGAGAAGAAGGGGGCCCCCACCGCCCGGAGGGUGGACCGUUUCUCCCUCGGCCUCCCCAGCACCACCAUCACCACCACCACCACCCCUUCCACCACCAGCCCCUGCAGCACAGGACCUCGUCCCUGCUCCAGCAGGCCACCACUGCAGCCGGCGCGGAGAGGCACAGCUCCAGGGAGGAGGCCCAGGAAGACCCGUCCACCCCGGCCCCAGCCCUGUCUGAGUUAAAGGCGGUAGUCACGUGGCUGCAGAGGGGUUUCCCCUUCAUCCUCAUACUGCUGGUUAAAGUCUGCUUUCAGCAUAAGCUAGGUAUUGCUGUGUGUGUGGGGAUGGCCAGCACCUUCGCCUACGCUAAUGCUGCAUUUAGGCACCAAGUGUCAUUACGGGAGGAACGUUCUGUAUUUGUUGCUCUUUGGAUCUUAAUGUUCCUUGCGGGGAACAUCGCGUAUAUCUACUACACAUUCAGUCAUGAGGAGCUGCACAACAGCCUCAUAUUUACCAAGCCCAACCUCAACAGCUUUGACUUCUUUGAUCUGAUCUGGGCAGUGGGCAUCACUGACUUUGUCCUUAAGUACUUCACCAUCGGCCUGAAAUGUUUUGUCCUCUUUUUGCCCAAGAUUCUCCUGGCCUUCAAGUCCAGGGGUAAGUUCUACCUGCUAAUUGAGGACCUGAGCCAGCUGUUUCGAGCCCUGGUGCCCAUCCAGCUGUGGUACAAGUACAUCAUGGGAGAAGACCCCUCUAACAGUUAUUUCCUGGGAGCCACACUCAUCAUCAUCUACAGCCUCUGCAAGUCCUUUGACAUCUGUGGACGUGUGUCCGCCAUAUGCAAGGCCUUGGUCAUGCUUUGCAGCUCCCAGAGUUACGGAGUGAGGGCUGGCAGCCAGCAGUGCAGCGAGGCGGGCGACGUCUGCGCUAUUUGUCAGGCCGAUUUCAGGGAUCCCGUAGCCCUUCUCUGUCAGCACGUGUUCUGUGAGGAGUGCCUGUGUUUGUGGUUCGACCGGGAGAGAACGUGUCCGCUGUGCCGCUCCACCGUCAUUGAGACCCUGCGAUGCUGGAAGGACGGCACCACCUCGGCUCACUUCCAGAUCUAUUAGGCUGCGACAGCCUAUCGGAUGCAUCCGGAAAGAUGCAGAUCGUGCUGUAACGCAAGUCGGGCGGCGGUGUGUCAUAUUUCUCUGUUUAUCUUAGUGCCGUGAUUCUUGUAAAUCAGGUUUAAGCAUAACUGCAGUAACAGACGAUGCCUAGGGGGUCUUUUAAUGUUACAGGCAUUUGAAAAAAGCCAGAACAGAACAUGUGCAGAUCACAUUCUUUUCCGUGUGGACAAGUUGAGCAUCGUAGGAAGCUGGCGGUAGGGGCCACGUGCAUAAACAUAAACGUAAAGCUGCACUGUUUUUACAGCUGGGCUAUUGUCGUACAGUUUAUAGCAAUAGCCCCAUUUUGUGUACAUGUUGACUAAGCCGCUGUUGUAAACUGUGAACAUUUAUUUUACACUAGACAAACGUUAAAAGAAUGUUGCAUUGAUUUAGUGUGGUGAUAUUGUAAAUAGUCACAGCACUUCACACAUUUCUUUUAUAUUCUUCACGAUUUUGUCAUGUCUGUAUUACUCAUUUUUUUUUUUUUUUUUUUUU